UAUAAAAGUACCUCCUUUGAACCCUUUCACUCUCACCACACCAACCCUGUCUCUCACACGCUUAAUUCCCUUUUCUCUUCAGCUAGAAAAGGUGGUAAAGAAAAAAUAUGGGUUUUGCUACUAAAGCACAUGUACUAGUGCAGCUCAUGCUCCUAGUGAGCUGCUUAACUAGCGUGUUUAGUGAAGAACCUUACCCACCAAUUCCGUCACCUUCUCACCAACAUGGCCACCCUCCAACUCCAAGUGAAGCACCAGCUCAUCCACCUAGUCGUCACCACCAUCAUCACCAUCACCACCACCACCAUCACCCUCCUACUCACUCACCAGUUCACCCUCCAAGUCACCCCCCAGCUCACCAGCCUCCUCACCACGCUCCUCCUAGCCACCCACCGGUUCACCCUCCUCACCAGCCUCCUCAGCAUGCUCCUCCUAGCCACUCGCCAGUUCACCCCCCGAGUCACCCUCCCCACCAGCCUCCUCAACAUGCUCCUCCUAGCCACCCGCCAAUCCACCCUCCGAGUCACCCUCCUCACCAGCCUCCUCACCACCCACCGGUUCAUCCCCCAGCUCACCCUCCAAGUCACCCUCCUCAGCAUGCUCCUCCUAGCCACCCACCGGUUUAUCCCCCACCUCACCCUCCUAGCUUUGUAGCAGUGCAAGGUGUUGUUUAUUGCAAGUCCUGCAAGUAUGCUGGGGUUGACGGCCUCUUAGGAGCCUCACCUAUUGACGGUGCUGUGGUAAAGCUCCAAUGCAAUAACACCAAGUACCCAGUGGUCCAAACAACUAAAACUGACAAGAACGGCUAUUUCUUCCUCACUGCACCGAAGAUAAUCACCUCCAAUGUUGUUAACAAGUGCAAGGUGUUCUUAGUCUCAUCCCCAUUAACCAAAUGCAACAAGCCUUCUAAUCUCAACGAUGGUCUCAAGGGUGCCAUUCUUAGGCCAGAAAUUUCAUAUGUGGCUGACAAACUCCCAUUUAUUCUCUACACCGUUGGACCUUUUGCUUUUGAGCCUAUAUGCUUACGCUAAAUUCUUUUACGGCUUGUAUUGUCUUUGUUCGUGUGUAACACUUUCCAGAGUUCCGUUCCAUUAUUUACAGCAUUGUUGUAUUGUGAUUUGAUAUUGGUUGUGGUGUU